AUGAAUCUGGAAAUUCUAGAACCACAAGAAGCCCAAGCUCAAGAAAAUCCUUUGAAAAACAAAGUUCUAACUUUGAAACAAAUUGUGAGUUUUUUUCCUGAAUUUUCCUUUUUUUUAAAUAAACCCUAUUUUUCAGUGCAAUUUGAAAUUAUUUUCAAAAAUCUUCGAAAGAAUUUAUAAUAUUGAUCGAGCUCAAACGCUUGAAUAUUGGAUGCAACGCAAUUAUAUUUGCCAUUUAGCAGAAAAAGUUAAAGAUGAGGUAAGUCACUUCAAAAUUAAUUUCUAAAAUUCUGAAAAAAAAUCGAUUUUUUUUCAGAAAUCAUACAAAGAAAUUUGCGAAAUGUAUGAGGAAUUUGUGAAAGAUUAUCCACAUGGAGAAAAUGUUGAAUAUCCGAAGCUUGAUUUCGAGAGAAAAUUCAACAUUCCUGGAAUAUUUUCGUAUAUUGAUGGGCCUUUGAAUUCGGAACAACCGGAAGAAAUUUGUGAGUUUUUUUGAAUCCUUCUGAAGCCUUCUGAAACUUUCUGAAUCCUUCUAAAGCUUUCUGAAGCCUUCUGAACCCUUCUGAAGCUUUAUGAAUCCUUCCGAAGCCUUUUGAAGCCUUCUGAAACUUUCUAAAGCUUUCUGAAGCCUUCUGAAGCUUUCUGAAACUUUUUAAAGCUUUCUGAAACCUUCUGAAACUUUCUGAAGCCUUUUGAAGCUUUCUGAAGCCCUCUAAAGUUUUCUGAAACUUUUUCAAGCUUUCUGAAUCCUUCUGAAACUUUCUGAAACCUUCUGAAGCUUUCUAAAGCCUUCUGAAACUUUCUGAAUCCUUCUGAAACUUUCUGAAGCCGUCUGAAACUUUCUGAAGCCUUCUGAAGCCUUCUGAAGCCUUUUGAAGCCUUCUGAAGCCUUCUGAAGCCCUCUGAAUCCUUCUGAAGCCUUCUGAAGCUUUCUGAAACUUUCUGAAGCCUUCUGAAACUUUCUGAAUCCUUCUGAAGCCUUCUGAAUCCUUCUCAAUACAAAUUUUCCAGCCCAACUUCUUCAAUCAACCCUCGGCGGAACAAAGAUCACAUUAACCCAACUGAUCCAAUUCGGAAAUCUGAAAAACCAACAUCUCAACAGAAAUCUUGUCAGAAUAUUAGGAUCUGGAGGUUCAUAUGAUUCCUAUUUGGCAAUCAUCGAUAACAUCCCGGAAGAUGAAGAAAAUCCACGACAACUUCUAACAGAUCGUGAAUUUAUUUACGGUCUUGUGGAUAUCGCAAAAUUGACUGAUCCUGAAAUCUCAAAUCCAAUCAGUGUUUCUCGCAAUGAAUAUUUGAAAAAUGCGAGGAAUACGAGAUUUGCGAGACUGGAAGUUCGGUUUUCAACAAGACACGCCAGAAAUCGAUUUGUCGCAAAUUUUCACGAAACCUUGGCCAAAAUUACAGUACCCUCAAAUUCGGAGGAGAAAAUUGUAUGCUGGAAGAAAAUGUUGCCACGAGAGAAACGUUGGAUGAUCACAAAGCAUAGAGAGAUUCGGAAUCGGAGAGAAGAUCGAGCUGAAGAACAGCCGGGUUACUGUAUUGAUAUUGAGGAUGUUUAUGAAAAGUGUUUGCGUUACAAAAGGGAUUUGUAUUGUUUGAGAGAUUUGGAAUAUGAUAAUAUUGAGCUGGAGAGGCAGAAUGAUGAAUUGUAG